AUGGCCUCUAUUCAGCCCGAGUUCUUCCCUGAGAGCAUAGUCUCGUACGUGCCAUUUCUAGCAAGAGACAAACGAUAUGAGACGGAAAGGCCCUACGCAACGGACUUCCCUGUUGAUGACAUCGACGGGGCCGAUGUCACGAACCAUGUCAUGGAGAUUGUGCCCGUCACCUUCCACAAUGUGAGAUGCCUCAAGGAGCCACUCAGUCUCGAUUCCAACGGGGUGUGCUUCAUAAAGGCGACGACGUCACUGCGGGCAGGGGAGGCCACCAUCGAGCGGACGCCCGCGAUGGAGCAGUACGCCAGGGAGGUCAUCGCCGUGUUGCGAGACAGGUUCCCGCAGUACACAGACAUACAGUGCAUGGAUUUUCAGGUCCGCAAACGAUCUCCUGCUUUCCCCCACGGCCACAAGCAAAUCAAGGUCGACCACGCCCAGCCCGCGACGGUUCCGCACACAGACUUCUCACGCCGUGGGGCCUAUCUCCGAAUGGAGGACAUUUUUCCCGACCAGGAAGCGCUCUAUCGCCAAAGGCAGUUCGACUUGAUCAACGUAUGGCGCGUCUUGGAGGGACCGAACGACGACUGGCCCCUUGCAGUAUGCGACUACUCAAGCAUCGACGUGGAACACGACACCACAGUAAAUGACGCAUUGCACCUCACGCGAGUCGGGGAGAACUGGUUGCUCCACCACAGCGACGCCCAUCGGUGGUACUACCUCAGUGGCAUGGAGGAAGACGACCUGAUCGUCUUCAGGAACGUUGAUUCAUCGGGCGAGUUGUCUAGGUGUUUCCACGUCGCGUUCAACAACCCUUCCGCUCAGGGCAGUCUUCGGCACAGCGUGGAGAUUAGGCUGGUGGCGUUCCGCGAAGGGCAGAUGGCCUGA